AAUUCCCAUAAAAUGGGUGAAAAUCAUGGCAGAAAAAAAACGAAGUCACGAAAGUCGGUAAAAAAUAUACCAUUGAAUUGAUUAUUGAGACCGAGUCAGUGAACUUUCCGGGGAUACAUAUGCUAAAAUAAAUAGGUUUCCACAGCGUUGCAUGCAGCGAUCCAAUCAAAAUGUUCAUUAGAAAAAUCUCCUCACGUCACAGCACAAUCCUGCAGUUGUCUGUGGACUUCAUCUGUGCAGCAUGCCCUCAAUACCAGGUACCUCACACUGUGGACUCCACCACUGUAUGCUGCAAGCCUGUAUUCAACUGUACUAAAGACCAUGAGAUAGUAUUCUGCCUGCAGGACGGGGGAACAGACAGGUGCAUUCCAUGUGAUGGUGAAGCCAUUAACCCAUUUGUAACGUCCUCUGUUGACAUGAAGCGACGUGUAUGUUUCAAUCAGACAGAAUCACACAAAGACUGUCCUAUGCAAGACACUUUUCCUAUAACUGAGCCUGAGUUUUGUGAGCACAUGCAUUGUAGUUGUAAUACGGAGGACUGUCGCUAUGGAGACCCUUGUGGAAUGUGUGAAAAAGGAACACCGUGUGGUGUCAAUGAACAGAUGAAUGCUAAAACAGGAGCCUGUGAACCAUGUGGAGAUCUGAUGAAUAGCCCAGCUGGCUGUGGACCAUGUAUUUUUAAUGAAACAGCAUGGAGGUUGAGACAGGAAGGAUUGUUCACAAAGGAUGCCAGCUCUUCACAAAAAGUUACCACAAAAUCAAAACCAGUGGUGACUAAGUUAGAUCCGUCAUCAGUUUCUGCCGAGGACAAUGCUGAAGCAGGGGAGACUGCAUACAACAUAGUAACAGCAAGUACAUACAACACCACAACAGAAAAGGGUCAGGGGAAAGAGGAGGAUGGAGUCUCUACGACAGUUGUGAUAAUUAUUAUUGUCAUCUUGGUGAUUAUUGCUAUCCUUAUUGCACUCACCCUGUACAUCAAAAAGAAGAUAAAGAAUGGAGAUGAAAACUCCAGACUGGUCGUUUGUUACCGGAAAUUGGUUUCCAGCGAGAGAUAUAGACGGGGUCAGGAUGAGGAGGCAGCUCCUCCGAAUGGUGAUAUUCCCCAUGAGAAUAAUACAGACACUAAGCAAACAUUAGCAGUUUCUCCAAUGGUUAAACAGAAUGAAUCUGUGACAUUAGGGGAAGGAGCAUCUGGAGGUGCAGAAUGUGGAGAUGCUGGGAUGGCUUUACUGAAAGAGGAAGACAGCCCAGGUAACGAAGUGGAGGAAACCAGAGAGAAAGAGACAGUAAAAUAAAUAACUGCUGCAGAAACUGAAGGAGACACAGUGUAUAAAGUAUAUUAAUUUAAUACUGAAACCAUAAUCUAUUUAAACAGACAAGUGUAAUGAAAAGCAAAGCUUUAAAAGCCUAUUUUGACAGUAAGAAGUUUGAUUGAAAACAUGAUUCAGGUUCAAUGUAAUGAGCCACGAGGUCAACUUUUAGCUGCAAGCCUUUUGCCAAGAGCUCGAUGAUUAUAUUAAACUAUAUUUAACUUAAUUAUGCAGUGAGUGAAUAUCUAUGUUAUGACCAAGGGCUGUAGUCCCUUGUCCAUGUUUCUCCACAUUUCACUAGAAACAGCAUUCUUUACAAGAUACUUCUUGCUGUAUAAUUCUCCACAUGAAAGUUGAUUGACAGGGAUUUAACACGUCUGCUGUGAGAAAUGUAGGCAAAAUAUAUUAAGGAACUUCAGUAUAAAAAAUAAUGUAUUUAGUCAUUCCUUUGUGUAAAUUGUUUAAAAUCUCUUGACUUGAGAGUUGUCAUAUAAUUAGAUUAGAUUUUCAUCUUUGAUUAAGAAUUUUUAUGGUGUUAUUUCCAUUGUGAAUUUUAAAAAAAAACAAUGUUAAAUCUGUAUGCUAUAGACAUAGUUUUAGUUGAUGGAGGCUUUUGUAGAAGUUAAUACUUAUAAUAUCUAUUUCAGCUAGGAAACAUAUUUUUUUGCUACAGAUUUCAUUAUUUUAGCCACGCCAUGAGAAAACAUUAGAGAAAUUGUUAGCGAACAGCAUGCAGGGUUCGCACAGGCCUAUUUCUACUAUAUCACCGUUUGCUUGUUUCCGUUUCCGUUUAAAAAAAUACGGGGAAUAAUAACUCGCAAUUUUUAGCUAUUUGUGAGUGUUUCCAGUGAAUUAAAAUGUGUAAGAAAAAUAAACAUGUUUACUCAAUUAAGCGGGAGACAAAAGACGAAUAUAAACAGUGGCUGAAGCCCUAUAGAGCAGACAAAACGAAGUGUAUUUGUACGUUGUGUGACAAAAUUUUGAGGUAUCAUUAGUAGGAGGCGCUAAAAAAUCACAAGAAAAGCGUUAAACCUCAGCAAAAUAGUGAAUCACAUCAAUCUAAUAAUUGAAUUACGUCAUUUUCAAAGGUGUGACAAGUGAUGGUUGUUUUAUUUUUGCAUUAUAUAAUAAAAGUUGUUCAGAUUAGGUCGUGGUUUUGAAAAAAAAUAGUGCAUGAAAAAUUGUAAAAAGUCCUUGAAAAGUACUUGAAUUUUGUCACUAAUAUUCUGUAUGAACCAUGGCAUGGAUCCAGACCAGCCUGUGCAUCCGCGCAGUAUGGUUGGAAAGUCACUAUGUUGGUUUUCUCAUGGCGCAGCUCCUUUACAUUCUGAGAAAGAUUCAGCAGUUACUGAGUAAAUAGUUUAAUAUAUGAGCCGUGCCAUGAGAA